AUCACGUCAAGCUUUUAGCCAAGCCUUCUCAGCUCUUACGCGCAGACACACCCUCACACACGUCGCUCGCCCCCACACCUCCCCUUCUGUCUCAGUCAGUGUGCAGCGGCAGCAGCGGAGGGUGGAGGACGUGCUGAACGCAGUCACGGAGGCUUCUGGCGCACAGCCGAGCCGUCAUGAGCCGCUCAGCGGAAGUGGACGCCGCUGCGGAGGAGGAGGGGGCUGAAUAGAAGAGAGAGAGAGACUGUGUUCUAAUUAAAUGUCUCACGCUCUCCGUGUGCAUCAUGCUGUAUUUCCAGCUGGUGAUCAUGGCCGGGACCGUCAUGUUGGCCUACUACUUCGAAUACACCGACACCUUCACCGUGCACGUGCAGGGCUUCUUCUGCUACGACACCACGUACACCAAACCGUACCUGGGGCCGGAGGACAGCAGCGCCAUCCCACCCGUGCUGCUGUACGCCGCGGUGGCCGGGCUGCCCACGCUGCUGAUCACAGUGACAGAGACUGUGCUGUUUCUGGUCCAGUACACGUCCAAGGAGUUUGACCGUUUAGAGAAGACAGUGGCCACCGGAGACUGCUGUUACCUCAACCCGCUGGUACGCAGGACAUUCCGCUUCCUCGGAGUCUAUACCUUUGGCCUCUUCACUGUUGACAUCUUUGUCAACGCAGGGCAGGUAGUGACAGGAAACCUGGCACCGUACUUCCUGACUGUCUGUAAGCCAAACUACACAGCACUGGGUUGCCAGCAGGCCCUGCGCUACAUCAGCCACCAGGAGGCCUGCACAGGAAACCAGGAUGACAUCCUACGUGCCCGCAAGACUUUCCCAUCCAAAGAGGCUGCGCUUAGCGUCUAUGCUGCACUCUACCUAGCUAUGUAUGUGACGUGUACCGUGCAGGCAAAAGGCACUCGUCUGGCUAAGCCAGUGUUGUCUCUCGGGCUAAUGUGUCUGGCCUUCCUCACUGGUUUGAACCGUGUGGCUGAAUACCGCAACCACUGGUCAGAUGUCAUCGCUGGCUUUAUCAUUGGCACUGCCAUUGCCACUUUCCUGGUGGUGUGUGUGGUCCAUAACUUCAAAGGGAAGUUACUACUGAGCGAGGAGUCACUAGUGGAGCAGCGGCCCAAUAUAGCCAUGUUAAACAUAGGCCAAGGGGAGAGUCCGCUGGAGAAGUACAUCACCUCGCAGAAUCACAUCGCCUUCGCUGAGGUCACAUGAUGUGGAAUCGGCUGUGCGGCAGACCCACUGGACGUCCACUCUCUUCACCGUCCAAUCCAAUUAUUAAGAGUGCAGCGCUAAACCCAUUCUUAGUGUGUGUCUGGUCUGUGGUAUGUUGUUCUUUGUUGUCUUUAUCAGGCCCCUGUUUUCACUCGCAAUUUCUUGUACUCAAAGAAAAAAGGUUCCUUCUGCUUCCAUCUAUGCACUUAUUCUGAAUCGUUGUUGGACUCUCGCCUCCCAAAUGAAGCCAAGCAGACUGAGAGACUAGAUGAUCAUGUGAAGGACUGGACUGGAUACAACAUCAGUGCUGCUCAAGUCAAGUACAUUAUUAUUUUAUAUGUGAAAAAGUAUUUUUCCAAUAAGAUGGUUAUAAGGAAAAACUCUCUCUUUCUAUAUUUUAUUACUUCCUUGUGUUGCAUCACAUUUCUAAAGCAAUGCUGUGAGUAUUAGAAUGUAACUACUGAGCCUGUAUUUAUCAAAUUAAUCACAGUGAAAUUUUCAACUUAAAUCAGUGAUAGAAAAUAAACAGACUAAAGAGGAAAGGUAUACUUUACCAAUUCUGAUUGCAUAAACAGAGUUUCUGAGUAUUUAAAUGGUAAAUGGCCUGUAUUU